GUUAAAUAUCGACUCAGUCUGCACCACGAACUUAUGGGAUGACCUAGUAAAAUAAGAUGAUAUUAUUUAUUUAGUAGAUCAACACGUUCACUGUCAGAUAAAUAUUCUUUAUUUCAAAUAAAACACUUGCAAAUGAAACAAAAAUGGGAACUGCUGGUAACCAAAAUGAAAUAUAAUUUCCAGUGCAAAGAGUUAAAAAUACUCUUUCUUAAAAAUUUCUGCUGGGCUUUAAUGUUAUUUAGACUAUUGGAUGUCACUAAUCAAACAUCUAUCGUGAUUUAUUUAUGUAGCUUUACUAAAAUUCAUGAAUUUCACGAGCCUGUCGAACAAAUUAACGCGAUCGUCUGUUGUUUAGGUGUUUACAAAUACGUGUGUAGGUUAAUCCGAGGACAGUAGAUCCAGGAUUUGCGACUGCGUAAAGAGCUACGCGAUACGCAAUUUUAGUUAGCUGUUGCGUUUCGUACAUUGACGUCGUUUAGGUGCUCGCUAAUAAUUUCGCAAAUCGAGGAAAGGUGUUCGAUUGAUGAUAGUUGCAGUACGUUGUAAAUAUAGAUGCACCGUGUAUAUGGCUUCAGAGAUUCAUUAGAGGAUAAAAAUUAGCGGUUUAGGGUCAACGAUCCGUCGAAGAUUAAAUUGUUUACAAACGUGUCGUCGAUUUCAAGGCGAAUCGGUGAGUUCGAUCGGGGCAUAGGAUUUCCGCGAAACGGAAACAUUCGGAUCGCGGUGCUCGUUAAUCCACGAAUGACUUCCACGGACUGCGCACAAAGGACGCCCCGUUACGCAAUCCAGCGACAUUGAUGACAAUCAUCGAAUUACCUGCGAAGCGCGAUCGACCGCAGUUUCGCGCCAUACUCGGUACAAGAAGGUCCCGUGAGACGAACCCUCAUUAGUCGGUCCUCGAACGUAGAUCGAAAUCGAGAUCAUCUUGAAACAGUUGUGUGCGUAUUCGUAAUCGAGUCAUGGAGUAGCUCUGCUUCGAAUGAACAUGUUUCAGCUAGCAUAUUAUUAACGAACUGGACUUUUGGAUUGUUUUUCACCGGGUGUGUUAGUGCUUCUUUAGUGUCAGUGGAUCGAAUCGUAGAUCGUAAUUUUAACUAUCCUUCCAUUCGAAAUUUUAUCGACAAAAUAUAUUCUCUAGUGCAACCCAAACUAAACACGAAAACACAAAUGAUAUUCAUUGAUACAUUCAUAACUUUUAAUAAUUUAUUCCAAUUGAGGAAGUGACCACACAUUUGUCAGUGGAAGUGUAUGCAAUGAAACGCGACGUUUACUUUACAAGCGUACCUAAGACACAAUGCUCGUGUCGUCGUGAAAGACUUUGUUCGUACAACCAAACAAGUAACUAAUUCUUUCUGGCCAAAAAUUCCGAUUGGUUCGUCGACCAGUGAGAUCAUUGUCGCUUCCAGUCGAGUUCGCGGCUCGGUGUUGAGGCUACUCCGCACGACAGCGGCUUAAGGCGCGAAAAUAGAGCCUGUGGACCGUCGAUGUAGCCAGAACGCGGUUACGCAUUUAGUCUUUAACUGGAAGCAUCCGCGAGCGGAACGAGCGGCGUCGCGCUCGCCUCGAGUUUUUCGCGAUCGAGCGACAACACCCUAAACGAUCGGGCGAUAUCCUCUCGCGAACGAGUGGGUCGUCGCGAAACGACCAUGCCAGCAUUCCUGGAAGGAUGCAACAAGUGCGUCGCGUCGAGGAAAGCUGCCUCGUAACGUGCCAGGGGUUGAAAAUCGCAGCUGUGCAUUCUCCCAUGUAGAGGUAACCUGGGUCGUGAGUCGCUCGUGAAUCGACGGCUCUGAUCUUCAGGGGGACACAACGAUCGUCGUUGCAACAAUUGUCUCGGGUUCCGUCGCCCACGGAACGAUCAUUUGGAGAGGCCUGAAAUAGACGUGGCUGUUAAGGGUCAACGAGUAACGAUGGAAGUAUUUCGAACUCCUCGAUCUAUUCCGUGAUUCUAUCGAUGAGAGAUCGCUCGACUUGGGCAGAGGGCGGAUCCUAGAUCCCUUCACGACUCUUUGGACGCGUCGGAUAGGGCCGACGUGCAUCGAAAAGCGUGACGAAGGGACUCGAUAGAGUUAGUCUCGAGUCCAGCAAGACACGGGAGAGAGAAGCUCUGGUGAAAAUGGAAGCCAAAGGGAUCGAGCAUCGGCCGAGCGGUAUCGACGAAAAUCCUUUUAUCUGGACCCUCUGUAAAGCUGGCGUCCCUCGAAUAUUGGUCGAAUGUUUUCACGCUUGCGUGCGAUUCUGUGCGGACAUGAUCCCAAAGAGAAUAAGCUUGGGUUGCUUGCGAAUCUUGGCUGCGCUGCUGGUGAUCGUUGUCCCCCGAUCGCUCACUUACCUUCUGCUGUAUCCGAUUUUCAGAUUAGUAUUCGGCAAUUUGUACCCGGCCUAUGCUUCUUACAAGGCGGUGAGGACGAAGAAUGUUAAAGAAUACGUGAAAUGGAUGAUGUACUGGAUCGUGUUCGCGCUGUUCACGUGCGCGGAAACCUUCACCGACGUCUUCUUUAGCUUCUGGUUCCCCUUUUACUAUGAAAUUAAAACAAUCCUGGUGGUGUGGCUGUUGAGCCCAGCCACCAAGGGUUCGAGCAUCCUCUAUCGACGCUUCGUCCAUCCAGCUCUGAUCCGUCGAGAGGCUGAGAUCGACGAAGCUCUAGCGCGCGCAACGGAGCAGGGUUACACGGCUGUUCUGCAACUCGGCUCGAAGGGUGUGAACUACGCCACCACGGUUCUCAUGCAGACCGCCAUUAAGGGUGGCGGCGGAUUGGUGCAGCAUUUGAAGAAGAGCUACAGCCUGAGCGAUCUGACCGGCGAGAAGGAGGACGAGAAUAGAAACACGUCGCACAUGCACGACGAGACGGACAUGGAAGGUUGCUCGCCGAUCCUAGCGCCGCUAAUUUCUGCGUAUUCUCCCUCGGGAAUAUCCUUUAUGGAACCUCGUCGAAGGGAGCACGUUGGAAGAAGGGGAUACAGUCCUCGUCGGACGCAGUCGAGUAGCAAUCGCAUGGAAAUUUACUUCUCUGAAGUGGACGUCGAUGUUAGACAACCCAGGCCUAGGGAACCGACAGCUAGCUUAACUAAUAUAAGAUCCUCGGACGACAUAUCCAGCGGAUACAGCAGCGGAGAGGCGUUGCAAUCGACUCGCUCAUCCCAGGGCGAGUCGUUAGUUAGAACAUCGAGCGUCGGUGCAAGAACACGCGCAAAACCCCGCUCCAUCACGAAGAAACAACCAGAGGACGCAGGAGAGGAUUCCGACAGCAACGACCCUCCUUCCUCCAUAAACAUCUCACUUCCGACACCUUUAAGUCUCGUGACCCCCGAACAAGCUCUCGAGAUCUUGCUUCUGCUCUCGCAAAACAGUAAUGUUGCCGAUUAUAUAAAAUUCGAUCGUGGUCCCCUUGUCGCAGGUAACGAUGACGUGAUAGAAAACACCAGUCAACCAGGCCCCCAACCAGAAUCUGUAGGUGAACUCUGCUCGGAGUCUCCGACCACGGAUGUUCAAAUAAUUCAGAGUAUAGUGACGAAAGCUGAUCCCGAGCAUUCUACAGAAACGGUGGAUGCAUCUGUUAUCGACCAGUCGCAGCAAGCGAGUACUCCAAAUACUGACACCACAGUGGUGACAACACAUGAUAUCAAUCACGCGACAACAGUUGCAACCACAGAGGCUUCCUCAAAUAUAAUUCCUUCGGCACUCCUCGAAAAACCGACCGUCGAUCGCACAGCAACCGAUGAACUUUGCCAGAACAAGUUCGACGAGUUGAAGCAGCUUCUGAGCGAGGCUCACAAGGCCGUUAAUAACAUCGUCUACUCGCAAGAGAAGUUAAAGCUCAGUGAUGAUGAUAUCACCGAGACCCAUGACGCGUCUCAUAACGAGAUCCUGAAGAGAGACGACGUAGAUCAGAAGGUAUCCUCGAAGACAACCGAGGAAGCGAACAUAGCCUCCUCCUUGGAUGUAUGGACAACUCCAGACGUGUCUCGAAGCAACUCCGAUGGUUUUAAUCGCGCAGGCAAGUACCACAAGAAGCCAGCACCGAAGGUACCGCUCUCGAAGAGCGAGGAAGACUUGACCGACGACGCUGACUCUCAGAACGCGGUGAAGGCCACUCUGGUGAUCAAAACUGGUACGUUGAAGACAUUCUCUAACACAGGUGCUGCGAAGGACGUGUUCAUCGCCCACGUUGCGGACAAGACUAAAUUAAAAAAGUCUAAGAGGCAGAGAACCAAGGAAGGAUUCUCUAAACUGUUGACGAUUCCGAAGAGCAUCUUCCACGGUGCCUUUAACAGGGAUCACAAAGGUUCGUCCAAGACUGAUGAUUCGAGUCUAAAUUUGAGCGCUAGUCAGUCGAGAUCGAACAGCAUCGAGCCACAGGAAACGAUCAUAGAACUUGCUCCUAAAUCGUCGAUCUCGAGUCAAGGAUCGAACGAUCAGAACGAUCAGAACGACGAUAAGAGCGAUAAUGAGACUUCCACCAGCUCUGAUACUUACACGCUUGCGUCGAAUAACGAUACAGAUACAAAAACAAUCGAAGAGCAGAAGGCUCAAAUCGCAAACGAGGAGAAAGCUGCAACGGUGAACCCAGAGUCUCAAAUAAGAGAAAUGUCUCGGUCGCCUAAAGCCGUGAAAAAGAUGGAGUCAGACAUUUAUUAAGCUUUUAUCGCAAACAACGAAUUUAAUAUAAGCGUUAGUCGGGUCUCGUUGACUGGUUUUCGGAAGCGAAUUAAACAAACCUUGUGUCACCUCAUCCUUCCCCAUCCUCCUCACUGUUUAAUACUCUACCAUACUGGAAGUCUGGAGAGAAGAAUCGGAUUAAUUCGUUCAGAUCAUAACAAACUUCGCUACCCUCCCCCGCAGCAAGAAGAUAAGUAAGAAGAAGGUAGCAUGAAAUUUAGGGACUGCUGCUGAUCGCAUCAAGGAAUAAACCACCGACCGUUCUCCCGACGGCUAUGAUUGAUUCAGGAUCAGCAGCGGACGAGGCUGAACUCAUGCAACGCGUAUUGCAUAACGACGUUGUGUCCUAGCAUUAGCGUUACACGAUACGUUUGUAUAUAGUUCUCGCACGAAGCAAACGAAAUUCUCGUCGUUUAUGUUGAAACAUCCAAGUAAGUCGUUAACGGAAGAACCGUUGCAACCAGUAAGCCCCGAAUCUGAAGAAUGCGAGCUCACCGCUACGUUAUGGCGUAGCCUGAAGAGCAGCCUUCUUCGGUUUCGAGGCCCUGUAGUUUGAGUCGACCAGUUUACUCGGGAAUCCUAGGAAAAAGCUAUAGCAAUUUUUUGAUCGUGACUGGUCGUAAUAACACCGUUGCUCACGGUCAUCCAAAAUGGUCUUAGACUCGCAUUACGCCUUUGAUUGCAUACCCUCGAGCCUCGUGCAUAACGUCGUUUCAGUCGAGAGUUUUUUUUACACACCAACGUUGAACGGUAGCAAAGGUGAACUUGUUUACCGCACUCGCAAACAAUGUUGCUUAAGAUCAAGCGUAGACCUCACCGACUAAGACACACAGCGUGUCGUAUACGGGAAUAUCCAUCAGCGUGGAAUCUCAUUUCCUAAGCUUUUCUAAACUGUAGCUCCGAUAUUUUGUAAAUUGCUCGGAUCGCCAUAAAGGAGGAGAAACGUCCUUAGGAGGACACGAGUUUAAGCCACGACGGUUUGAAAGACAGAAAUGAAUUCUAGUCAAGAAACAACAUGAACUCAGGCAUCUCUCGCAUAGUGCCACUUAACUUUCGAUAAUUUGUCUAUACGACUAUACUUAGCCAUUAUUCGGAGACGCGCGGCGAUUAAUCCGUAAGUGACUGCGAAUCGAGUCGUCCUUCUUUUUCAUGGAAAUUAGAAGUCGAAGUACUGGGUGUGUUUGUAAAAACCGUAGGUAAUUCUAGGGUCCCGUCGAUGACCAACGAUUCCGAAAAGUUAACCAAGGUUGUGUUCCCAUUCGCGCAAUGCAAGGAGAGCAUAAAGCCGGCGACAGACUUGCAACAAAACAUUGUAAUGUAACGCGAGCAUUCGCUUAAUUUGGUGGACUAGCGAGCGACGAACCGAGCCGUUCUUGCGCUCGGUUCGCGCUCGACCGUGCUCCAUUGGUCUGUUGGUUUUUUUGACGAACCUCUUUGAUCGUCUACUUUUCACUCAACUGAGUAGGAAGCAUUGAGAGAGAAUUCAGCCGAGAGUUCGAAGCGAGCAUUCGUGAUUCCAAAAAGGACCUUGUAAUGUAACGUUGAUGUCGAACCGUAAAAUUCGUGCCGGGCAGUUACAUUACAGCGUUCUGUUGCAAAUCAGUCGCCGGCUUAACGCGUUCGACAUACCUCGAUGUGUGCUGACUUUGAAAAGCAAUCUUUUUUAAACGUUUCGAACGCGUUCUGCGCACUAUACAUUGCGCUCGUGGGAAUCUUCAAUGCUCCGAUGACUUAGUUUGUUUCAGUGUUCAAGCAUUCUAAAAAAAGAAUUGCGACUGAUCGCUAUCGAGAUUGACGAUCGUUGAACUAUAUGUACGCGAAGCCUCGCUCGAGAUACCCAGUCCAUAUUAUAUUUCUUGCUCGCGGUUUCUUAACUAGAGUAUAUGUUAACUAUUGCUUCUAAAAUGUCGUAUCUUGUUCACGUUAUUUUUUUUAUUGCGCGCGGUGAAUCGUGCAGAUUAUUUACGCACAAGUGCUACGACCACUUUGAAUGAGAAACGUGGAAAGAGUUUAAUUAACGAUGUUAACAAAUUCGUGCAUAUAGUUUAUCAUGCUAUGAUCUAAAUGUCAUUAUAAAUCUUGGGCUAACCCUAAGCCAGUACUGCUUUUGAGAGCAAAGAAAUUUCUUCCACUUUGUCUCCAUUAUAAUAUACAGGAAGGCCACACUUAAGCAGCCAAUACAUUCUGUGCUCGAGAUUAAACACGUCCCUACUUUCACACCGAUGAACGGAGAAUAGUCAGAGGUAGAUGGUCCAUGAUUUUUGCAGUCAACAUUCUCUACCCUAAGUAUGAUUAAUGCUUAUUCAGGGUGGCCCAAAGUAGUUUGUAUUUAAUUUGAUUUAUUAGGUUGUUCCAAAAGUUUCUUUUGCUUUAUUAAUAUGUAAUGCAUGCACAAUAGUUUAUGAUUUAUGUUACAUUACUGAAUUGUGCACGAUUCAUUUCGCUCCAUUACUGUUACAACAUGAAUAUCUAUGAAAUUAGAUUGUCUCUUUAUAUAAACACGACCACAGAAAAUAAUUGAGUGCAACUCGCGAAAGAAACUUUCGGGACAACCUAAUACAAUUCGUUAUUUAUUGUACCACUUAUUUUGAGAUAUCCUUGUAUGUAUAAAUCCGAUGUGUUAUCCGCCUAUGGACAGAACCGCUUUUAGAGGGAAAAAAGCGAUGUCGAGAAACUUUGUACGUGGAACGUAACGUGUAUUAUCAUUCGGUUAAGACUUUGUUACAUCGUAUAAUUGUUGAUUUUACCAAGCACGUUCUAUGCGAUUUUCACAGUUAUAUGUUACCAAACGAAAAUGCAGCUGGUGCCACGAUAUCGUAAUACAUAGGUACUUGAUAAAUAUAUAGAGUCAUAACGCGGAGCUUUGGCUUCACAAAUUUGACAUUCGCGAUUGUUUAUUAGUACAUUGAAAACAGCAUUUGCUGCAUUUUUGUUGGUAACGGCUCGAAGCUCGUCAGAGAAAACUAACCAAUUGUAAUUUAUAUGUAUCGUUACUCCUCAGCUAUCUUGAUAUUUGUGCAUAAGUGCGUGUCUGUGUGUAUGUGUAUGCAUGUGAAAGCGAGGAUGAGAGACAGACAGACAGACAGACAGAGAGGGGGGGGGAGGGAGAGAAAGACAUGCUCAACUAAGAAUAUUUACCCAUGUUCGAAGGGAAAAAGAUAUUCCUAGAUUCUUUACGAUAUCUCGAUAUUAUUCGAGUAUUGUUCUUUGUAAUCAUUAAGCAUUUCCGGCGUGACGAUAUUGCGCUGAGAACUGUACGGUGCUGCGAAUAUUUGAAUUUGUUUUAUAGUUACAUAUUCCUGCAAAAUACGAAAAACCUGUGUGUUCUGAGCAGAGUUGAGAAUGUCAGAAACUUUUAUGAAGGAUGUGGCUUGAUCGGUACACAGUAUUUCGAUUUAAGUAUAUCUGUAGUCAAUAAAGUGACAUUAAAGAA